AUGGGUCUCCAUUAUACUCUGUAACAACUACUAUCCGUUCUACAAAAAAAUUUGUACAAAUUAUUUAACUGUUCAUAUAUUUAUAAGAUACUUAUAAAGAUAAGAAUUUUUACCAUGUUUGCUUCUAAUUAUAUCAAGGGGGCGACACUAAGCGACGAAAUAAUUCAAACGGUUUUUAACGAACAAUUUGACGAAAACGUAGUAUUUUCCUUGCAAAUUCUAACUUAGAAUUUACUUAGAAUUAGUAUAUGUUUAAAAAUUAAUAAUAGUAUCAGGUUGUAUUUAAUAAUAAGAAUAAGUUUUUUGUAAUAAAUAUAAGAAUAAGAAAAAAUGCAGAAGGAACAACCUGAACCAUCGCAAACCCAUCGAAUUAAAAGGACUCGUAAUGCUUCUACUCCAGAUCGAAUAAAAAAGAAUAUAAUGGAUAGUACAAUGACAAACAUCCGUUUUCAACAUAGGGCAACUAUGUCUGCAGCAGAUUUUGCCUUACCACAAAGUUCUUCAAAGAGAAAACUUACAAUGGAUAGGUCAGUUAUGGGUCCUUCACAGAUACUUUCAGAAGGAAACAGCGUAAUAGAUAGCGAAUCCAAUGAUGUUGAGCUGAAACUUCUUUAUGAUGAAUAUUUACAAAACACAAUGACAGAAAUAAUCUUAAAGAAGAAAGCAGAGGAAAGGAAACAAUUAUUUUUAUCACAAUUGGCAACAAUAGCAAAGGAAUAUGAACACAACGAAGAAAAAUUGUUUGAAUUGAAAACCAGAGAAAGGGACAUAAUAAAUUUAACUAAAAUUCAAAAUGAUAUUGAUAAACAAAUUACAGAUAUAAAUAAUUGUAUUAAAAGUGAAGAUUCUAAAAAAUUAAACGAUAUUUUAUCUAAGUUAUAUAGCCUUUUGCAGCCUUUAGACAAACUUCGUUGUAAUAAUAUAAUUCUUCCUGAAACACCAGAAGAAUGGGAAGAAAUGAUGAAAAACUUUAAAUCAUGCAAUGCUACCUUAGAAUCUAUUAUGGAUUUAAUUGGAACAAAAAAGGAAUCCUAUCAAAACGUUAAUAGUGGUAUUAAAGAGUUUAUCAAUACCUUCAAUAAUAUUGAAAAUUAUACAAAAAGAUUGGAGAAAGAUAUUUCUGAUUUAGAAGCUCUUAUUUUGAAAAGUGCAUCUUUGUCCUUAGCACAAAGUGAUAAUUAAACAUGCUGUUACAUAAGUUAUAUGUUUAGGCUCAAAAACUACUUCUAUGAAUAAUAUCCCACGUAUGAUAAUUCGAGCAGACGUCGCCAUAUUUUGAAAAUUAGUGCAAGCAUUUCAAUUAACAAUCACCAAUUUAUCCUGCUACAGAAUCCUGCCUAUUUACUAC